GCUGCUUUUCUGGCAGGGGCAUGGGUGCCAGGUACAGCGCGGAGAGCUGGGCCGAGCAUGCUGAGAGCCUGGGGGACCCGACGCCAGCCGGGAUUUCCGUCUCUCUCUCUGUGUAUAUAUCUAAACGAGUCGCUCUGUACAUGUAUUUAACCGUGGGUGCACGUGCGUGUGUCUGUGCGGUGUACGUGUGGUCUGCGUGUGUGCGUGUGUGGGGCCGCCCGCGCGGGGGCAGAGCGAGUGGGUGCCCAGGAGGCAGCCAGGGCGUUGUUUGUCUCGUGACUUCGUACCUCGCAAGCCCCUCCUGUACUUCACUGAACGGUGGCACUUUGGCGGGGUUGGAAGCAAAGUCGGACAUUAAAGGUCAUUUCUCCUGUGCGGCUUUGAGUAGUUUGUGAACGGGGUGGCAGGCAGAUCUUGAGUUGCCUUUUCGUUCACAUUCAGGUGUGCCCCAGUCUCUCCCGCCGGCCCUGUGGGCAAUGGUUGUGCCGUGCCCCCUUGACCCCGUUUUUGCCUUUGCCAUUCUUGCCCUUCAGGGCUAAACAAAUCUGAUCCUGUGGCCGAAAGUGACGCCCUGGACUUGUCCCAUAAAUCCUGCUUGCCCGCUUUUGACCGUUACCAGUAUCUAAAUCCUCCUGCUGUGGGCAACACUGGGCAAUGUCUGGCUUGGCCCUGAUCCCCAGGACCCCGAUCCUAGCUGGAGCUACCAGGCCAGCACCCUAGGUGGGCCUGUCACCUGUGAGGGGACUGGUCCCUUACCUCCUCCAGUAUCUUUUGACCAAACACUGCAUUAUUUGCCGGUGCCCAUGGAACCUGAAAAAGAGAGCCAGACUGCAGAAUUUUCUGGACAAGAUAAGGAUCCAUGUGUCAAUGCAACACAUAUGGGCACAAGAACCCUCCUAAGCUCGGCUAACUGGCGAGCCUGCCUGGGAAAGUAGCACCGAGGAAAGUCACGCAGAGAGGAGGAGCAUACCUUGAAGAAGUCUACAAAUGAUUGUUGAGCUGGGAGCCAAAGAAACAAAGGCAAGUAAAACGCAGCCAUUGCACUCAUGAAAAUUUCAGUCUGGAAGAGGAGAUUGGACAUUCCCUCCAAACAUGAAUUCUGAAGGAACACAGACAUCGUCAGUGCCAUUGGAGGCGUCCCAGGCCACAUGAAGAGGCCACAGUAGAUGUUCCUGCCAGCUGAGGUCCCAGCCAACAGCCAGCCUCAACCACCAGACAUGCUCAUAAACAUUUGGCGUUCGGUUUCUGUUUUCUGCAACUGCCGGAAGCUACCUUCGCCAUUCCGGGCGGGAUCGAAGUGCACGCCCAGGUGCGCGGGGCUCUCCUGCGGGCGCCCGGGGUCGGCGCCGCCGCCGCGUCUCCAUCUGCGCGCAGCAGAAAUGAAGCCUCCCGGGGCCUCUCCUUGCCGCCCACAGCCGGGCUUCCUUCCUCUGUACGUGCAGAGACGGGGAAACAGUUUUUUAGACACCGCAGUGACCGAGACCGCUCCACGGCCCUUUCCCCUGAGCUGGUGCUGGGAGUCGGGCAAGCUCGGCAGUGAGGCGGACCCGGGCGCCACCUGCCGUCCAACGCUCCUAAGCGACGGGGGUGUGAAAGCACCAAGUUGCUUUGCAAUUCACUGGCCUCCCCAGGAUUCAAGUCAGAGACGGAAGUGCACCAAACACCAAGGGAGUGGAUUUACUGAACUUCUUCCCUGUACCCGACAGUGCGUAGUAGCGCGGACUCUUGCCGUAACCCAAGACGGCAACCGUCGCUCAUAUUUAAGCCCGUACAAUGACGUCACACAGCGACAGCAAACGCCCUGUCAUCCUGAGAUUUUACUACAUUUCCCGGGAUGCUUUGCCAACAGCGACGCUAUUGGUCAGCGCCGACGGAAGAGCGUCUGA